AACCUUCUCCAAGUUUAUUUAAUUGUCCAUCACUCUCCUUCAUUCUCUUCCCAAACCAAAACAUUUCUGACACAACUCUCCAGCUUCACCUUUCCCUGGCUGUUAAGAAUCUCACUUCCCUUCAAGUUCAAAGCCAACCAGAAGUUGUGGGCUUUCCUGAACUGAGCUUGAUGGCGCCUCCCAAGAAAUCAAAGAAAAAUAAGAAAGAUGGUAAAUUGAAGAAAUGCAAAAGCUCAAGUGUGGCUCCAGUCGAGCCUAAAGCUCCUGACUCUGAGUGGUGGGAUAGUUUCUGGCACAAGAAUGCUUCAAACCCAGGCUCUUCACUAUCGAAAGAUGAGGAAGAAGGAUUUAAGUAUUUCUUUAGGGUCUCUAGAAAGACUUUUGAUUACAUCUGUUCUAUUGUAAGAGAAGACCUUGUGUCGAGGCCACCGUCAGGGCUCAUCAACAUUGAAGGGAGGCUUCUUAGUGUUGAGAAACAGGUUGCAAUUGCCAUGAGAAGGUUGGCAUCUGGUGAGUCUCAGGUCUCAGUGGGAGCUGCCUUUGGGGUCGGCCAGUCCACAGUUUCUCAGGUGACUUGGAGAUUCAUUGAAGCAUUGGAAGAACGUGCCAAGCACCAUCUCAAGUGGCCUGAUUCCAAUAGGAUGGAGGAAAUUAAGUCUAAACUUGAAGCAUCUUUUGGAUUGCCUAAUUGCUGUGGAGCCAUAGACGGCACACACAUCAUAAUGACACUUCCUACUGUUCAAGCAUCAGACGAUUGGUGUGACACUGAGAAAAAUUACAGCAUGCUCUUGCAGGGAACUGUCGAUCAUGAGUUAAGAUUCCUUGAUAUUGUGACCGGUUGGCCUGGGGGAAUGACAGUGUCUAGACUAUUAAAGUGUUCAGGGCUUUUCAAGCUGUGCGAAAGUGGACAGCGUUUAAAUGGGAAUGUUAGAACUUUAUCUGAAGGAGGAGAGAUCAGAGAAUAUGUGGUUGGUGGGGUUGGCUAUCCUCUCCUUCCCUGGCUCAUAACUCCUUAUGAAGGCAGUGGCCUUCCAGCUUCUGUUGUUUCUGCUUUUAAUGCCGCGCAUGAGGCUGCAAGGUCUCUUGCAGUAAGGGCAUUCUCGCAGUUAAAGGGCACUUGGAGAAUCCUCAGCAAGGUUAUGUGGAGACCAGAUAAACGGAAACUUCCAAGCAUUAUCUUGGUAUGUUGUUUACUCCACAAUAUAAUAAUCGACUGUGGAGAUAUAUUAAACCCAGAUGUUGCUUUAUCUGGUCAUCACGACUCGGGAUAUGGAGAGCAAUGCUGUAAGCAAGUUGAUCCAUUGGGAAGGUCUAUGAGCGAGAACUUAGUUAGACACUGGCAGCAUAGCAAGCAAACAGCUGCAUCAAAGUGAUCAAACUAAUGCUUUAUGUUUUUUUGGGCUCCUGGAAUUGAUUCUUGCUCCGCCAGUGUGGUUUAAAUUUGAGUUGGAAGCUUGGAGCCUCUUUGAGUGCCACUGCGAGUUAUUAUUCAACCAUUGAUUUUGUCUGAGGAGAAAUCAGAGUUUAUAACCCUGAAGAAACUGAAACUAAUCUUCCUUAAGCAAUGCCAUUAGUUUUGGCAACACCAGGAACAUAUUUGUUUCUGCUGUCAUUUGCCCCCUUUCUCUUUUCCAUUUCCUUCCUUCCUUUUUUUUUUUUCUUUUUUUCUUUUUUAAUAUUUUGUAGGGGCAUUUACUGAAGAAUAAAUUUGCAUAUACCUAGAAUUCUUUAACAUCCAAAUAUCAAAUUUGUCUAUAUACCCUUACUGAACUUGGCAUUUUUUGCUCCUUUUGAGCUAUGCAUUUACAUUCACUUCACAUGAAAACAAGAUUAGACUCGAGCGUUAGCUCAUGCAAGAAAGAAGAGAAUGAAUCAGAUUCUCCCAACAGCUUUCAAUCUGCAAAUCAUUUUAAUUCUCCUACUUCACCAGCAGCAAAAGUAUAUGUGGUAUCAGGAGAAGGAAAGGAAGGAAACUGGAGACCCUAUGAAACUUCACACUCAAAACCAGAUCUAGACUCAUGGGUCAGUUACUUCUCUUUGGGAGACCAAAGAAAUAUCUCAUCCUAACUUGUCUCCGGAGGCUAUACUGUACAAUGAACAAGGGGAGCCGAGUGAUAUUUGGGCCUUGGGGUGCAUCGUUCUUGAGAUGCUCACCGGAGAGUGCCCUCGGAAGUCGGAACCAUUUUUACGAUCAUGAGAGUGACACCCUCUACGUUGUUGAUGGAAUGGUGCCUAAAAUCCCGGAUACAAUCUCAAGUCUUGCAAGGGAUUUUCUAGGUUGUUGCCUAGCCGAGGAAAGGUCCACAGCCGAAGAGCUUCUGUCUCAUCCCUUUGUAGCAGAUAUUGUUAAACACUGAUCAGUCCUAGUUUGUGCAAUUUUUGAUUCGUCCAUUUGUAAUUCCUAAUGGAUGAUAUUGUAAUUAAUCUAGUCCUACUUUUUGUGGGAAUCAAAACAAAGUUGUAUAUAUGAGCUAUUGCUUAAUUGAUGGCUA